UCCCAGAAAAUGACCUUUGGCUUUAAAGAGAACAUUCCAUUUUUCAAGAUAAAAUGGCAGCAGUGAAAACCCCCAGCAGAGAACUAAAGAAUGCUGAGGAACCAUUUAAUAACGUAUCGCCCCUCCUUUUGAAGAGCCUAGUGGAGGAGCCCAAGAAAAGAAGAAAAGCGCCUAAUCACCUCCUAGAAUCAAAGGUUUAUGUAAAACUUCUGAAUAAUAAGGUCAUACAAGCAAAGCCCAGCAUACUGCAUUUUGGAGGUUAUCAAGUAGAAAAGCAACACCAGCAGAUUCUGCAUCUGGUCAAUAUUUCCAAUGAGGACAUACAUGUUUAUAUUUUACCCCCACAAACCAAAUACUUUCAGAUCAAGUAUGUGAAAAAGGAACACCACCUGGUCCCUGGCUUGUCCCUCAAGGUCACCGUGACAUUUUCUCCAGAUGAAUGGCGAUACUAUUAUGAUUGCAUUCGUGUUCACUGUAAAGGUGAUGACACUUUGCUUAUUCCCAUCCAUGCCUAUCCUGUCAUGAACACACUGGAUUUCCCCUCAUUUGUAAAUCUAUCAAAUGUUCUACUUGGUGAAAGCAAAAAUUAUGUUAUUCCUUUGCAGUGCAGCUGUCCUGUAGACUUUGAGUUUCAUAUUGCUUUGAUUCAGUCUCAUCAAGCCUUUACUAUUAAGCCAAUGUCAGGGAUCAUUCCGGCCAACGGGAAGAUGAACGUGACCGUGACGUUCAGGCCCUUUCAGUACGGGAUCGCACAAGUGAGGAUGCAGCUGUGGAUCUCGCAGUUCAACUCUCAGCCCUACGAAUGUGUCUUCACCGGAUCGUGCCAUCCCAACAUGGCUCUGCAAUUAGACGAAUUUGAAAGAUUAAAUGCUCUUUGUAAUAAAGUAGACGUUCCUCCAGAAAAGUCAAUGACACGGGUAAAUUUUCACCGACUGCCAGCAAAGUUAAAACCUCCAAAAAUUAAAGAAAUUGAAUAUCAGAACUUGAGAUUUCCAGUAGAUUUAUCAAAUCCAUUUGCUGUGGCAACUGUUUUAAACCAAGAACCAGGAAAAUUGAAGAUUAAAGAAUUAAGAGAAGUUUUGGACCAAGGCAAUGAGAUUUCAAAAACAAGGCAGAUGAAGGAGGCACUGUUUGAACAGAAAGUCAGACAGGACACUUGUGAAGAGACUGAAAAUCACCUUAAGUGGCAGGUGCACCUUGGUAAAGAUCAUAUGUCUUUUAAAUUUAUAAAAGACCUUUCUGAAGAGCAGCAAAAAGCAAACAACAAAUACAAGCUAGAGAGAGGAGAUCCUGUUUUGGAGGAGGAAUUUCAGCGACUGAAGACAGAAGUUACCCAGAAACGUGUUGUUCACCAUCUAGAAGAAAAAAUCAAGACAUUCCAUCCGAAUUUCGAUCCACUUACUAACAAUAUUUGGGUCAGCAGGUUCAGGGCGCAAAAACGGUUUCAGCAAGCAGCACGCAAGAUCAUGGUUCAUCAACGAUUACUUAAAAUGCUGGAUGCUAUCCAUGGCAUGGAUAGAAAGACCAUAUUGAAAAGGAUCCUGUUUGGAAGACAAUCAGUAGUACAAGUCAAGAAUGCCUCCAAAUACGUUCUGCAGCGGGUCAGUCAAGAUGACUAUUCCAGCCGGUUCUCUGUAUCACCCAAGCAAGUGCUGCCCUUCGCCUUCCCAUCCCACAGUCCUCCCCAGGGCUCCGAUGAGUUGGCUCCUGUUGGCCUUGGACCAGUCCCAAUUAAAUCUUCAGAAAUUCAAGUCAAGCACAGUCAUUCCUACUUCAACCUGCAGGUUCCCCAGCUGUACAGAAUUAAGGGGUACCAGCCAUUCUUGAUGCAGAGGUCUUCCACCAGCUACAGACCUCAAAAGCUUGCCCGAGCCCUGAAGCAAGGAGCUGAGGAUGAAGCCACCACCGUGAUAGCCCUGCCAAAGCAGGACGUCACCCCUCAGGUCCCUGGCAAGACCUCAGCCUUGAACAUGAAACCACCCGAGGCCCUAGCCAUGUCUCCGGAUUAUGACCCUCUCUAUAUUUUUAAUCCCAGCCCAGGACUAUUUGCUGUGAUGCACCCUCUGACCUAUGCAGAAACCGUGAUAGAUUACCAUCUGUGUUCUCACCCCAAGUACAAGUUCACCAAGGAGACCCACACCGGGUCCAGCAUUCCUCUCACCCAGAAACAGUUUCUGCACCACACGGACAUCAUACCCGAAGUCAUGCAUUGGAAGAGGUUCCAACCCCUGGUGCUCUCGUCUCUGCCCGAGACCUCCAAGACAGAGACAACACAGAGCUGUGACUCCCUCAAUCCAGUUAUGCUUCCGAUAAAUGUCCCUGCCAUUCUUAUGGCCUUACCAGAAGAAGACAGAUUGGAAACAGCCGAACGUGAUCUCUGUGAACAGAAUAUAGAAGUUAUGUUGACUCCAGCAAUGAUCGAAGUGGAAUUCCCUAUGUUGGACCACAAGGACAGCAAAAAGGAGAAAGAGGUGAAAGACCAAGCACAGCCCACGGAGAAGGCAGGAGAAAAGGUGCUGGAGGAGAUAAAGAAUCUACGAGCCAAAGCUCUCAACUCGUACCUGAUUCUAGAAUAA